AUGUGGUUACAGCACUGCACAUUUAAAAUUGAACCAACAAUAAAAACAAAUAAAAGAUCAUCAAAAAAUACGAAUUCUAAAGAUAAAUACUUUAUCACAAAAGCAGCAUUCGAUUCGAUAGAAUUGAAUGCACAUACAUUAACAUACAUUCUAUUAUUAGUGUUAGAUAAGCAAUUACCAAUUGAAGCGUUAAACAUUUAUUUAUUUAGUUCUCAAUCGUGUGAAAAUAUAUUUCGUAGUGCACGAGCAUUAACCGGUCCAUUUUCAUCGAUGACAAAUUUUACUAUACAACAAUUUAUGAAGAAAAUAAGAAAAGUUUCAAUUUUAGAUGAUAUAAAAUCUUAUGAACAGUCGAAUGAUAAUAAUUAUGCGAUUAAGUUUCCAUCGCAUCAUAAACAAAAACAAUGUAACUCUAUAUCACCGGUAUUGUUAGAGGUAAAUGAAAUAACAACAGCUAAAAUUGAAAUAAUAAUUAACGACGCUUAUGAAUAUGCUAAAACAUUUAUCAAUAAACUUGAAAUGUCUAGAAUAUUGAAAGAAAAUGAUGCAUAUGAACUCGAAGAUUUAUGUUUAAAUAUCCAUAGCCGGCUUCAAAAUAGUAUGCGUACAGUCGAUCGUUCAACACUCGAAUCCGACGAUGAUUUAGAUAAUGAUAGUGAUAAUAAUUCUUAUAAUACAGAUACAGAAAGUUCAGAUAGUGGUGAAGUUUCAGGCGAACAAAACGAACUUGAUAGUGAAGAGGAGUAUGAAGAUGAGCAGUUAGAGGGGAUCCAACCAAGUAUUGCAUCAACAACAGAAAAUUUUCGUGGUAUGAGAAUUUAUGAUGAAAUUGAUAACAAACGUCAAGGAACAUAUUUCAAAAUAAAAAUAAAUAACAAAGAUAAAUAUAUACAUAAACAAACAGCAGCAUGGUAUUUAACGACUAACAAUAAUCAACUUUCAUCUGAUCGCUUAAUACGUGUCCAAAGAAUGAAUAAACAAAAAUAG